ACUGUGCGGUGAUGCUUUCAAGAAAGCGCUUAAGAUGCUUGUUUUUUCUCUUGCUGACACUGCCGACUCUCUUCAUUCGUAAGUAGCGCUGUCGGAGACACGUUUAUAUAGUCGCUAUCGUUACUUUCGACAGGAUCGAGUGUCCGCACAGCAGCCAGCGCGGCUCGGAUGCACCGUGCGCUCUGCCGCCUUACUGCUAUGGGCUCUGUAUGAACAAGAAACAAAGACUUUGGGAUAUAUGUUUGGAAUUUGGCUUUUCCUCAGUUUUUCAAAUGCAAACGGAAAUAUGCGGCAAAGCUUCGCCUUGGUCUUCACCGGCUUGCUUGGGUUGUGUUCAUGCUCAAGUUUCCCAAGUAAUAUUAAUAUAGGAGGUUUGUUUCCGACCGACUCCCACGAAUAUGAUGUGUUCCGUUUUGCGCUCUCUCAACACAACGAUGUCCCCAAACUGGUACCACAAGUGGACAUGGUGGACACGGGGAGCAGUUUUGCCAUGACAUACGCCUUUUGUUCCCAGUUCUCCAAAGGAGUCUACGCCAUCAUUGGCCUGUAUGACAGGAGGACCAUGAACAUGCUCAUGUCGUUCUGCGGCUCUCUGCACGUAUGCUUUGUGACGCCCAGCUUCCCCAUCGACACCAACAACCAGUUUGUGAUCCAGCUGAGACCCGAGCUCCAGGAUGCCCUCAUCGCCCUUGUCGAGCAUUACAAGUGGACCAAGUUUGUCUACAUGUACAGCUCAGACUCAGGUCUGACAGUGCUACAGAAGAUUUUGGACACGGCUGCGGAGAAGACCUGGCAAGUGACGUCCAUAAACUUUGACACUCUGACAGAAGCGGCGUUCUUGAAAGUCAUCCAAGAUCUGGACAAUAAAAAGGAGUACAAGAUCAUUCUGGAUUGUGAGCUGGAGAGACUCAUCUCCAUUUUAAACUUGAUAGCAACGCAAAAAAAGAACCUGAAGAACUACCACUACAUACUGGCGAACCUGGGAUUUAUGGAUCUUAAUCUCACAGAAUUCAAGAAGGGAGGUGCCAAUGUGACUGGCUUUCAGCUCAUGAACUACACAGAUCCUGCUGUCAGCCGAAUGAUACAGGAAUGGCUGGAGUUUGACAGUAAAGACUUGAAAAGCCCCAAAAGGAGACUGAAGUACACCGGAGCUCUCACGUAUGAUGGGGUUACCGUCAUGGCAACUGCCUUCCAAAACCUGAGAAAGCAACGCAUCGAUAUCUCUCGCAGGGGGAACGCAGGAGAAUGUCUUGCUAACCCUCCUGCACCCUGGGGCCAGGGCAUUGACAUUCAGAGAGCCUUACAGCAGGUGAAGUUUGAAGGACUAACUGGAAAUGUUCAGUUUAAUGACAAAGGGCAUCGGACCAACUUCACUGUCAGCGUGAUGGAAUUCAGCCCAAAUGGACCCAAGAAAGUGGGCUACUGGAACGAACAUGAGAAAUAUGUGAGCACAGCUACAUACACCAGCAUCCUCAAUGAGACGUUCGGACUGCAAAACAGGACUUACGUAGUCACCACCAUCCUUGAAUCUCCGUAUGUGAUGCUCAAGAAGAACCAUGAGCAGUUACAAGGGAAUGACAAGUAUGAAGGUUACUGCGUGGAGCUGGCUGCAGAGAUCGCCAAACAUGUGGGCUAUUCCUACCGGCUAGAGCUCGUGGGGGAUGGAAAGUAUGGAGCCAAAGACAGCGAGACGAAGAUGUGGAAUGGAAUGGUUGGAGAACUGGUGUAUGGUAAAGCGGACGUGGCUGUUGCUCCCCUCACCAUCACUUUGGUCAGAGAGGAGGUCAUCGACUUCUCCAAGCCUUUCAUGAGCUUAGGCAUAUCCAUCAUGAUCAAAAAGCCCACCAAGUCCAAACCAGGUGUCUUCUCCUUCCUGGACCCACUGGCUUAUGAGAUCUGGAUGUGCAUUGUGUUCGCCUACAUCGGUGUGAGUGUGGUGCUAUUCCUGGUGAGCCGCUUCAGUCCGUACGAGUGGCAAGCGGAUGAUGAAGAGGACGGAACGGAACAGCAAAACCAGAAUCAAAACCAACCACAGUCGCCGGACCACAACCAGUCACCGAAUCAACACGGUCAGAAUCAGAAUCAGCGAGAUGAGAAGCAGGAGAAACAGCCGGAGCACACUAAUGAGUUUGGCAUCUUCAACAGCCUGUGGUUUUCCCUGGGAGCCUUCAUGCAGCAGGGAUGUGAUAUCUCACCAAGGUCUCUCUCUGGUCGUAUAGUUGGAGGUGUGUGGUGGUUCUUCACACUGAUUAUCAUCUCCUCCUACACAGCCAACCUGGCUGCAUUCCUCACAGUGGAGAGGAUGGUAUCACCCAUCGAGAGCGCGGAGGACCUGGCGAAGCAAACAGAGAUUGCCUACGGGACUUUGGAUGGAGGAUCCACCAAAGAGUUCUUCAGGAGAUCAAAGAUCGCUGUGUUUGAGAAGAUGUGGUCUUACAUGAAGUCGGCAGAGCCCUCUGUAUUUUUGAAGACAACAGAUGAAGGUGUCGUACGGGUGAGAAAGUCUAAAGGGAAGUAUGCUUAUCUUCUGGAGUCUACUAUGAACGAGUACAUUGAGCAACGCAAACCGUGUGACACAAUGAAAGUGGGAGGGAACCUGGAUUCUAAGGGCUAUGGAGUAGCCACCCCUAAAGGAUCUGCCCUGAGAAUCCCCGUAAACCUAGCGGUGUUGAAACUCAAUGAGCAAGCCGUCUUAGACAAACUGAAAAACAAAUGGUGGUACGAUAAGGGGGAAUGUGGAAGCAAGGACUCCGCAAGAAAGGAUAAGACCAGCGCUCUGAGCCUCAGUAAUGUGGCUGGAGUUUUUUACAUUCUGAUCGGUGGGCUGGGGCUGGCCAUGCUGGUGGCCCUAGUUGAGUUCUGUUACAAAUCCCGAAUUGAGUCUCAAAGGAUGAAGCAAAUCAUUGACGCAGCCAUGCUCAGUUCCAGUCUGACCAGGAUGGGCAGCGGAGGUGAGAAUGGUCGUGUGAUGGCACAUGAUUUUCCCAAGGCGGCACAGACUCUGCCAUGUAUGGGUCAGGCUGCUGCCAUGGGCCUCAGCACCACAGGGAUGUAAAAGGGCAUCAGCUUUUAAAUAAACGGAAGACUAAAAGGAAGAACAAUGAGAAAGAGUGGGAGGGAAUGUGAGAGAGCAGUGCGGUAUAGCUCACCUGCCACUGAAGUACUGCCAAAUGGAUUCAUUGAUAAAACACUCUGGGCUCCAAAAGAAAUUACACAAGGAGGGAGAAAAGUUACUUUUUGUAAUAUUAAGAUGUGGUUGUUUUUUCCAGCGCAAUAAGGAGGCCUGUGAGGUUUUUUGUAUGAAAGCGUAAUUUUUAUGUACCUGAGAACACCGAGAAAGCUUUUCUUCACUUUCACAAAUUAGUGACAAUUGAACUACGCUGGUUCUUUAAUGUCUUUUUUCUCCCAACAUCACUGAUUUACUGUUAUGAUGUGCAUUAUGUUCUCUGUGUUGUCUGCUCUGUGCCAUAUCUUUAAGAGAAGUUACAGUAGUGACAGAUUAUUAUCAGAUGGUUAGGUGGAUAGUUGACCAAAACAUAAAAAUAUAUUAUUGUAUUUACUAACCCUCAUGUUUUUCCAAACCUGUAUGAAUAUUUUUUUUACAAAGAUAAUUUGGAAACAUACAGUAUAUCAUGCUAUGAUGGGUUCAAAAGGGAUGAAAAAGUACUAUAGAGGUACAAUAAAUGUAGUCAUGAUUUGUGUAUUUCAAGUGUUCUGAUGCCAAAUGAUAACUUUGCAUAAAAUAAUGAGUCUGUUAUUUAAGUCUGCACCUUGGCUACAACCUAAAGUCACUAUGAAAUCAAAAAAGUGAAUUCUUAUUUUUUAUUAGUUUAUUGUAGUUUGUAAAUCAUGACAACAUUUUUCACUUUAUGUGCCCUUAUCUUUAAUAAAAAACAUUGAUGUAUGUCUCAGUGUGAGGGCCAGACUGCCAACCUCCAACAAUCCAUUUAAUUCCCUAAAGACAAAAUUGAAUCCCAUCCUUCAUGUUUCUAUUCCAGAAGCUGCUUCACUGGGAUGUAGGCUACUUCACAAUAAGGAAAAGCCAGCGCUACUUCCUUGUCAAACCAAUUUUAAGAGCAACUCUCAAAUCAAAUAUGGCAGCUAUGGGGCAGGUUGGAUAUCAUUGAAGUUAAUGUGUUAUAUAGCCAGUCAUGACAUCAAACCUGUGGUUUUUGGAGAUUGACAGGCCUGGUCACUACGAGCUGUCAUUAAAACAACCUGCAUGAAGCUUCUUCCGAAUUGUACUCAUGUACUAUACUCACAGAAAAACCAACAUCAUGCGGGUAUGGAACAGCAUAGGGCUCAUAAAAUAAUGCCACACACUUUAUUUUGUCUACAAAUGUCUUCCUUUUCAACCAGUUUGAUUGACAAGCCCCUCUAGGUUAGAAGAAUUCUUCCAUUAGGAUGGUCUGAUUUCUCAUUCUAUCAUUGUUACUGUUGUACUUCACUCUUAUCCUUCACUUAUGAACACUUUGGAUCCAUCAUCUGUGUCCUGUUCAUGCUCCUUAAUAGACUUUGAGAGUUACAGAGAAGGUGUGAAAACUACAAAUGCUGUUUCACAUUUUGUUUAUGCCACUUCUAUUUAUCUUCUUUUUGAGUAUAUGUCUCUUGCAACUUUCACACAUUGAACUGCUAAUGAUAUCUGAGACCUCUCCAUCCACAAGACCCCCUGAAAAUACAGAUCAUAAUCUUUUUGUUGUAAUAGCAUUUUGAAAUAUGGUUGUGUAAACAUCAAUUCCAAGGAAAGUAUUUUGUGGAAAUCUGCCUAAUAGCUGACACCGGGACAAAAACAAAAAUAGCUUGUGCUGUGGCAUUAAUAGGAUGAUUUUAUUGCCCGAAUCUAACAGCCCAUUUGAGAAGAACGAUGUGUGGUGGCUAUUGCCAGUUUAUUCGUUUGCCUGUUCCUCCGGCCUCAAAUGAAAAGAACACAUUGAGAUGCAUGGACACAUUGGGUUUCUCUUAUACAGUAGAUGGGAUGCAUUUUGUAAGCACAGAACUCUCAUGGAGCUGAUCUUUAGAUACUAUGAAGCACAGAGAUAAAACUGAAUAUCAGUACUCUGUUUAAGCACAGGGUCUUUAUUUAGCCAUUAUGGAAAACUUUCCAGUUAGCAUUUGACAAGGGGCUGUGGUGAGAUUCUGUCUGUUUGUAUCCUGUGGACCGAGAGCUUCAACAGUUUGUACAUUGUCUUCAAUUUCUUUGUGUUGAUUCCAUUUGUACAAAGUAGAGAAAAUGAGAGAAUCAACAGUAACAUAAUGUGGAACAUUUGUGCUGGGAAAACGGUGCAUUGUGGCCUUUGUUUUCCAUUCAAUGGGUUAUUUGUUCAGUUUUAAUUAUUUCUGGUCUUGUAUUUAAAGUGAAUUUCUGUAUUUUAGGCCUAGAUGUUUUUUCUUGGGUUCACAAUUUUAAUUUCAAAUUUCGAUUAGAGAAAUAUCCCAUUUUAACCUUCACCCCAUACCUUUUAGAAAAUGGCAGCAAGAUGUAACAGCAAGAAACCAACUUGUUGAAAGAGUAUUUGGAAAUAAACUUUUCUUACUGAA